GACGGCGUGCAAUAGUUUUUUUCCCCCCGUAUCAGGCGUAACAAAUAAAGCAAAAGUAAAACCGAUCGCCAUUCCGAUUGAAUACUCGCGUGUGGUGUAGUAGUGCUUGUGUAGUUGAUGCGUGUAGCGUGUGUGAAUUUAUUUAGUGCACUGAAAAGAGAAGAAAAACAAAAAGAUUAUCGGCAAUAGUUUCCCUCCUGGUUAGUGUUAGUGUGUGGGAGUGUGUUGCUCUACUCUUCCCGAACUGAACCUUCGAUUGGCAAGUUUGUAAAGCCAUAGUCCCUUCUUGCGACCGGCAUUAAGCCGGGUUUACCCUCCUUUUUCCCGCUUUCUUCGCUUGCAUCCUAGGAACUUCCCCUACCCAGGGGCGCUUCUUACGAGUGGCGUUAGCCUUAGCACUGCCGUCAGCAUGACGCUGAAAGAUGAAAUAUUGACCGCCGAUGUCAAACCUGACUUCGGUGUGUCCUAUAGUAAGGAAGACAUCCUUCUACCGUCGAAACGUCAGCACCGUGCACCUCAGGCCCAGUCUCCCGUCGAACCGGUAACUGCAACACAGCCCUCCCAGCAUCGUUCGCGGGAGCCCGAUUGUGUUGCGGCCCAUCGUCCUGAGUCACAGCGACUGGCGACGAGGCCGAUCUAUCACUACCGUCCAUGCAACACGACGUCCUCUGGGCUGCGCUACUCCAACGAUCCCAACGAAUCCGACGACGAUAACCCUAGCGAGGGAUUUAAGAUGUACGAUAUUUUGGUUGUGAACAAAAACUACGAUGCCGAAGGACCAGACUCGAUCUCGGUGCGAAUUGGCGAUCUGGUCGAGGUCCUCGACAUGGGCGAUUCGGCAGUCAAUGCGGCAAAGAAGCCCAAGCUCGAUCCGCAGAUGAACAUCGGUCAGACCGAGGAUCGGCUCGACAGCUCGGCCUCGAGGCACAAGCUGGCGGUGAAGCCGAAGAAGAACCACCAGAGUUCGUCCCAUCGACGUAGCGUCAGUCCACAGCCACCGUAUCAACCGAAACCGAACGAGAAGUGGAAAGUACGAAUCUUUGACGGUGAUGAUAAUGCCAAAGCCGGCUGGAUACCGGUGUCCGUGCUGGACAUCAACCAUACCGAACAGGCCGUGUUUGGCGAAAAGUCUAACGAUGCUGCCUAUCGACGAGAAGCGGUGGUCCGUGAGCUGGUCGAAACGGAGGAAGAGUUCGCCAAGGACCUCCAGCAGGUCGUCGACAACUACCUCAAGUACAUCGACAACAAGGACAACAAGGUGCCGCGGGUGGUGCGCGAUCAUAAGGAUGACAUCUUUAACAACUUCAAGCAGAUUGCGGACUUUCACAAUACGGUGCUGAUCGAGGGCGUUAAGUAUUACGCAAACAAUCCGAAGAUGAUCGGCAAAACGUUUCUGCGACUCGAGCGAGACUUCGACAAGCACGUAAAGUACUGCCGAGAUGCACCGGUUGCACAAGAGUUCCUCGCGUCGAAUGAUGCUAUUCGAGACUUCUUUAUGGAGCUUUCGGCAAAUAUUGACGACGAUAAAAGUCUCACCGAACAUCUGAAGUUACCGAUCCAGCGCAUCAACGAUUACAAACUUCUCUUCAAGGAACUGCUCAAGUACUCGACCGCACUCGGUGAGAAUGUGCUCGACAUCCAGAAGGCGCUCGAGCUGAUGCUCUCGGUACCAAGCCGGGCGGCAAACAACAAAUUCCUCGAGGGUAUCGAAGGAUUCCGAGGCAAUCUGCAGAAGCUUGGACGGGUGCUCGCUCACGAGUACUUUGGCGUGCGGGACCGGGAGAACAAGAUCAAGGAGCGCUACCUGUUCCUCUUCAAGUCGCGCAUCCUCAUCACCAAGGUGAAGCGCCUGUCGGACGAACGAUCGAUCUUCAUCCUGAAGGACAUCGUGCGGCUGCCGGAUUGCGAGCUGCGGGAUAUUGAUACGCGUGCGUUCGAGCUAGUGCCGAAGGCUAAGGGUAGCGACCCGGUCCAUCUGAUCGCGUACUCCGAGGAGGCGAAACAGCGCUGGAUCUACGAGAUCAACGAGUACGCAAGCAAUGCGGUCGCACUGCAGGAACAUACGAACGAUGAUCUUCGGCUCGAUCCGACGCAGACGAACAUCGACGAUAGCAUCAUCAAGCUGCCGCAGCGCAUCGAAGCGCACAAGACGGAUGAAAACAUCAAACCGUCCGACAUUGCGGACAGCUAUGUGGUGUUUAAGCACAAAACAAGCCGAGAUGAAUCGCACCAAGCGCUGCAGAAGAUCCAGUAUCUGCAGCAACAGCAGCAGCAGCAUCUUCCGCAGCAGCUGGGCGAAGAAAUGGCAACCGAGGAAGAGGAGGAAAAGGCCGCUUCCGUGCAGGAACGUUUGGCAGCAUUCGAGGUGAAGAAAUCGGCCAAAAAGCUUGACCUAACGCACACCAAGCAGGAAAGCAUCGUUACCGCGUCGAGCGUUGUGCAGUCGGAAACGAAAGCCGCCUCCGUUACGACAUCGUCCAUUGCCGUUAAAGAGGAACAGCACGAAGCGCAACGUUCCAUGGCCGUGAAACGUCAGCAAGCGGUACAGCUGGAAAGUGUCACCAAGAGUAGCAAGGUGCAGUCGGAAAGCAAGACUGUAUCUAUCUCGUCGACCGCAUCGUCAAGCUCGACCGCCAGCUCGUCGCAAGAAUCGAUCGCUGUUGUUGAGGCCACCGCCGAUACGCAGCAACAGCUGCUCGAACAGCAGAACAAAAUUAAGCAGAUCGAAUCGAAGUACGCGGCACUGAAGCAGAAGCAACUCGAGCAGAAGUCGGACAUUGUCGACGCCAAGUUCCAGAUCGUUGAGUCCAAGUUUGCCGCACUCAAGCAGAAGCAGGAACUGUUGCUGCAGGAGCAACAUCAGCAGCAGGUAACCAGCAGCACCACUACCACCGUAACGAAGCAACAACAGAGUGCUGUACAGCAGGUUGAAGCUGUUUCGAAGAUCCAACAGAUUGAAUCUAAAUAUGCUGCUCAGAAGCAGGACGAGAGUGUAUCGAAGAUACAGCAGAUCGAAUCUAAGAUUGCCGCCCGGAAGUCAUCUCUAAGCGGUGCCUCUGGCGAAGAGUCGAUCAAGCAAACAUCUACAGCUGCCGUGCAAGAACAGCAUCAGCAAACCGUUGUCUCUACGGUCACGGUUGAAAAGGCACAAGAACCACUUUCGAAACUACAGCAGCUUGAGUCGAAAUAUACCGCUCACAUCCAGCAAGCGAAGGAACUAGUAAAGGAGUCGAUGGAAACCGCCCAGACUGGUGCGGCUGAAACGAAACCGGACACGCCGGAUACUCCGCAAACUGAAUCCCUUUCCAAGAUUCAACAAAUCGAAUCGAAGUACGCCGCACUUAAGGCACGCCAGCAGCAGCAAUUGCAGGAGAUGAAAACCACCGAAACGACCACGGAAACGACUGUAACUGUAGCGCAGGAAAGUCAAAGCCAACAGCAAACUGCCGACGAACCGCAAUCGAAGAUCGCACAAAUUGAGGCAAAGUAUGCGUUCAAGCGACAGCAAUCACAGAACGCCGAUGAAUACGCAAACUCCAAGUUACCGGUUGCGUCCAAAAAGGAAGAACAACACAUGCAAACAACUACCACCGGGAAGGUUGCAAAAGAAUCAGCAGCUACUACUGAGCAGCUCACCAAAACUUCCGAAGUUACGCAAUCGGAAACAGUAGUCAAAAAAAGCGUUGAAGUUACAAAAGCGCAAGAAACAGUUAAGAUUGAGCAAGUGGCAAAGGUUGCGGACACGAAAAAGAAGAUACCCGAAGCAAUUAAACUUCCUGAACAAGCGACCAAAACAGCAAGCGAUAAAGGUCCGGACUCGCCGAAGAAGGUAAAGACACCGAAAACUCCGAAAUCACCAUCACCGAAAAAAGAAGCCGCUCCAUUUAAGGUAUCCGAUAAGUCGAAACUGGAAAAAUCGGAAAAGGUAUCUGAGACGGUUAAAGUGGUACAGGAGGAUACAAAGAAAAUCGAAUCUAGCGUGAAACCCACGCCGGUUAGUGCUCCUACUAAAGUUGAACCAGUCAAGUCUGCUGAACCAGCGAAGACUGCAGAGCCUGUAAAGUCGGAGAAGCCUGUAGAAUCAACAAAAACAUCUGCACCGCUAAAGCCUGCGGAACCAGUGAAGUCAGCAGAACCAGCUAAGAUUGUUGAGGCAUCAAAGCUAGCUGAACCAGUGAAGUUAGCAAAGAAAGUUGAAUCAACGAAGACACCUGAACCAGCCAAGACUAUGAAGUCUGCUGAGGUAUCAAAGCCCGUUGAACCGGUGAAGGCAACUGAAUCUGUCAAGGCACCUGAACCCGCCAAGACUGUGAAGUCUGCUGACGUAUCGAAGUCUGCUGAAUCAGGCAAGUCAACGAAGGCAUCUGAAUCAGUAAAGUCUGUUGAAUCAGCUAAAACUGUCAAGCCUGCUGAACCAGUUAAGGCACCUGAACCAGCUAAGACGGUAUCGAAGCCAGUUGAACCGGUGAAAACACCUGAGCCAGCUAAGACUGCAUCAAAGCCAGUUGAACCGGUGAAGUCAGCAAAGGUAGCUGAAUCAGCUAAGACUUUGAAGACUGAACCAGUGAAACAAGCUGAACCAAUAAAGCCAGCUGAAGCUGCGAAGGUACCUGAACCAGUUAAGACUGUUGAGGUAUCGAAGCCAGCUGAACCGGUCAAGACUUCUAAGCCAACAGAACCAAUUAAGUCUGCUGAACCAACAAAGACACCGGAACCAGUUAAAGCAGUGAAACCUGCAGAGCUAUCCAAACCAGCUGAACCAACGAAAACUGCUGCAGCAUCGAAGCUAGCUGAACCAGCAAAGGCUCCUGAACCAGUUAAAGCUGUGAAACCUGCUGAACCACCCAAAGCUUCUACACCGACGAAGAUUCCGGAGUCGACGAAAACAAUAAAGCCCGCAGAAUCUAUUGCCAAGCCUGUCGAACAAGCUAAAGCUCCUGAACCAGCCAAGAAGGUGGAACCAACGAAAACUGCUGCACCGGCUAAGGUUCCAGAACCUGUAAAAGCUCCGGAAGCGAUCAAAAAAGUUGAAACUCCGAAACCAGCGCAACAAGCGGCAAAACCAGCGGAAACUCCAAAGAUUCCAGAACCAACCAAGACGGAGGAACCAUCCCGCCGUCCUGACUCACCAAAAUCGACAAAGAAGGCACCGUCUCCGAAGAAGGCAUCCCCUCCGAAGGUAACCGAACCCAAGAAGGCUCCGGAAUCGGAGAAGAAAACUACCGAACCGGCACCGAAACUGGCAGAAAAGAAGACUGAUGCAGUCAAGGUACAAGAAAAGAAGACUGAAACAACCACCGUUCAGAAGGCUAGUGAAAGUGUCAAGAAGGUAGAGACUGUUACGACCAGAAAAGCGGAUACCGCACGUACAACAGGUCGUACUACACCUGCGGCGGUGUCCGACGAACCGGACGCUUCCGUUGAAGGCGUCGUCGAGCAAAAGUCGCGCGAGGAGGCACUCAACCGUAAGCUAGAGGAAAUAUACGCCCGUGAAAAGGCGGCCCUAGCUGAGGCUAAGCGUGUACGCGAGCUUGAAGAGCAAGAGAUCCGGCGUAAGUUCGAACAACGAAGCAUCCGCGAGAUACAGCAGAUUAAGGAGACGGCCUCGGAGUUCCUGCAGCAAAUUGCUGCCACUAGAAACCUCGUACAAUCGGUACUAGAAACAAGCACUGAGCCAAAACUUCCUCAAAUUAACAAAGCGGCCACCAGUACCACUACAGGAGGAGAAAGCAACAAUAGCCAAUCGACUUCUGGUCCAGAUCAAGGCUCCAACAAUCAAUCUACAGAUCAGGAACAGGGUAGUGACGAUCAGGGAGCAUCCGAUCCUUCGGAGCAGGGAGGACAACAAGGUUCCGCCAACGGUAACGAGGGUAACGCAGGUAACGGUGACGGCCGUGAAGACAAGAAGCGUACCCCUCCACCAUUACAGUUGCCCACGUUCUUUGAUCCUCCACCACCACCGGUCUAUCAGGCAACGAUUGAGGUGUUCAUCAAAAAAGAGCGUCCUCCACCACCGCCUCCGCCAAAGAUUACCCGCAAGCUGGUCGUCAAUACGGACGAGCUAGAGCGCAAAACGCAGGCCUUCUUCGACGGUGAGAUAAACGAACCCGAUCCGGACUUCUCGAUUGCGGCCGCACACCGUAAGCUAAAGGGCAUCAAGAGUAUCUGCAAGAAGGCGGACGAAACCGUCCUGUACGCGGAAGAUACGAUCGUCAAGGCGGAACAGGGCGAGUUCGACAGUAUCGUCAUCCCGGAGCAGGAGGAAGAGAAACGUCCACGGGAACCGGUGUACGAGUACCAAUACACGGUUGAGGAUCCAGUAACUGGUACGCGCGUCUGUACGGCCGAUCCGAACGUAGUGCUGAUCGAGAAGGAGCUAAGAAUGGAGGAUCAGUACGGUUCGGCGCACUCGCGCUACUCUUCGUCGCGGUUAUCCUCACGCAGGAGUCAAACCACUGAAGCUCACGAGAAAGAACUAGCUGCGAUAGAGACGCGCCACGAGUCCAAGAUGUCGACGAACAACACGAAGAAGAUCCGUGUACCGACCAACAUACGGCCGCACUUCAUCAAACCGAUCCGUGGUCUCACUGUGGAGCCUGGUGAAAAUGCCAAGUUCAGUGUGCAGGUCGACGAGUUGUCCAACAUGCAAUGGUUGAAGGACAAUAAACCGCUAGAUGAUCGCCUAGCCGACCGUGUAAUCACGAAGGAGAAUGAUGAUCUGUCGUACACGCUUGAGAUUCAGCACUGUCGUGAACAGGACAGUGGUAUUUACACCGCCCGUGCCAUCAACGGUACAGAGAGUGCUUCCUGUACGGCGCAGCUCAUCGUCGAAACGCUGACACCUGAACAGCGCAAGGCUAUGUCGGAAUCGAACUCACCGGUGUUCUCCAUUCAGCUGAAGGAUACCGAGGUAAUCGAGAAGACUUACCUUACCUUCAUGGUCAAGGUAAAGGGUGACCCAGCUCCGAAGGUUCGAUUCUGCAAGGAUGACAAGGAAAUCUUAGAGACCGAUAAGCGCAUGAAGAUCAACCGCGACCAUGCAGAUACCGGGUUCUACGAACUGAUCAUACCGGAGGUGCAUAAAGGAGACUGUGGCGUGUACUCGUGCACGGCCUGGAACAAGUUCGGUACGACCAAAACCGAAGCCCAGCUGCUCGUGGCAGACCAGCUCGAUCUGUUCUCCGAGCUUGAUAAUCUGGAUGAUAAGACCAAGUUCGUGUGGAAGAAGAACGGCAUAGCGUUCGAUCCGGAGGAGCGCUUCAAGGUGCUGAUGGCGGAUGAUUCCGACUCGCUGGCGCUUGUUUUCCAGCAUGUAAAGCCCGAAGAUGCUGGACUUUACACUUGUGUUGCCGCGACAUCCUCGGGUAAUAUCCAGUGUAGCGCUGAACUAACCGUUCAGGGACAAGUGAAUCAGCUCAUGCAGGAACCAUCCAAGCCACACCUGGAGGUUGAGUCGAAGGAAGCGUUGGCCCGAAUCGGCGGCAAAGCGCUGCUCGAGAUGAAGGUCAAGGGCUAUCCGAAGCCGGAGAUCGUUUGGCGCCACGAGGGUACGAUCAUCGAACCCGGUGGUCGGUACAAGUUCCUCUACGAGGAUGCCGAGUCAGUGUCGCUUGUCAUCAAAGACGUGCAACCGUCGGAUGCGGGCGCCUACUCGAUCGUGGCCCAGAACGAGCUCGGCGAAGACUCGACGUUCAUUAAUUUGGUUGUGAAGACGCCUCCCACCAUUACGAAACCACACGAUAUGGCGGCGAUGGUGAACGAACAGUUCAAGAUGUCGAUCGAGGUAAAUGCUGUGCCGGCGGCAAGCGUCCGCUUCUUCCGCAAUGGCAAGGAAAUCCGGGAGGACGAUCGCAUCAAGUUCCUUACGGCUGAGAACUACUACAUCAUCAAGUUUAACCACACCACACUGGAUGAUGCCGGCAAUUAUUCGAUCAUUGCAAUGAACGAAAUUAGCCAGGCGUCGGAGUUCUGGGAGUUUACCAUCAACUCUCCACCACGAACGACCCUGCACCUGCAGGAGGAAACGGUCGUCAACGAGAAGGAGGACAUCGAGCUGGUCGUAAAGGCCGAGAGCAACCCGGCCCCGGUUGUGCGCUGGUACAAGGACGGCAAAGAGGUCAUCGCCGACGGCAAGCGUAUCGUCAUCAUCGCCGAAGAUGGUAGAUACGUGCUUAAGAUUCAUGCUGCCAACCGUGACGAUACGGCACUCUAUACGGCCGAUGUCAUCAACGAUUUCGGUACUGUUACGGAGAAGUCACAGGUGAACGUUAGCACCAAGUCGAAGGUGCGUGAACAGCUGACCGCCCUAACCUGCAAGGAAGGCGAAACGGAUGUGGUUCUUGAGGUGAAGGCGGAUGGUUAUCCACGCCCGAAGGUACAAUGGUACAUUGACGACGUCGAGAUCACCGAGUCGCGCAACGAGUUCAAGUUCCAGGAAGAUGGUCUGUACUAUCAGCUCGUGCUGAAGGAAGCAAAGGCCGAACUGCAGGGCUUGUACAAGGCGAAGUUCACCAACGAUCUAGGCUCGGAUGAGACGAGCGCCAAGACAACGGUGCAAUGCUCGCCUAAAGUACGCAAACCGCUCGUCGACACGGAUGUGGACGAAAACACCACGCUCACACUGGAGGUGGAAAUCUACGCUGAGCCAGUACCGGAGGUAACUUGGUUCAAGAAUGGUCAGCCAAUUCAGACCGAUGCUCGGCUGACGAUCAAGCGAGAUUCGCAGCGUGUCGAGAACUACACGCUCUCGCUGACGAUGGUACGCGGUGCGGAUUCCGGCGACUAUGAGGUGCGGGCUGUCAACUCCAUGGGAACCGCCACUACCAAGGGCCGAGUCGUUGUCCAAAAGGCCAUUGUAGCGAGCCCCGCGGAGAAUGCCGAAGCUCACCGUAUGAUAAGUGAGUGUAUGAAGAUCGGUCAGCACGGUGAGACGAUCAUGGUUUCGGUGUGUACCGAGGAGAGCCACGCAGCAAUAGUAACAGGGCCCGAAGAAUCGCACUCAAUUCAUCAGAUGCGCGCCACAACAGUCAUCUUCGAGGAGGACAGUGGUUCACCGAUUGAGGUAAUGCAAAAGAUCAUCUACCCCAACAAACCACACGCGUCGGCACUGCACGUGGAAGAGAUCGAUACGAUCACCUUCACGUCUCCCGAGCAAAAACGGCAAUAUCAGUCCCAAAUGUCGGCAAAUGAGGCCAGUACUGCGACUCGAACCGUAAUCGAAGAGAUUGAAUCUGACAGCGAGGCAACGCCGAAAGGCAAGAUAUCUCGUGGCGUAUCGAUCACAUCCGCGUCCGAAGAUGAACUUCUUCUGUCGCGUCAAAAUAGCCGUACUGGCGUUGAGAGUGAGCUAAUGAAACCAACGAACGCAACGCUCGACACGAGUGGGCUUCAAAAAGAAAAUGCAUCGCAAGAGUUGUUUGACGCCAAGUCCGAGAAAUUAAAAACGGAGGACGUUCCAGAUUCUCCACGCAAGGGUAACUUGCUCGAAACAGGUGUAUGUGAAGAGCGCAAUGGAAAAAGGAUGAUCGAAAAGAAGGUAUCCUUCGAGGAUGAACUUCCGCAGCAAGGUAAAUCGUUCGAAAGACAAGAGCUGUCCGAGAUCGAACCAGAACAACCAGAACCGGUACAGGAGGAGCCAGUUGAGAAGCGAUCCACUAGCCAAAAGGCUCUUGUUAAGGAACCGAUUUUAGACGGUACUGUUGAUGAGAGCGCCAAUAAAGCUGCUACGAAAGAUCUACAGGAACCGGCACGUCCUGAAGCAUCGCCGGAGAUUCUGAAGACGGAUAUCGCAGACGUGACGACGUUCGACUCGCUGCCUCUGAUCUGGACAGUGGAAGCCGAUGGUAUUCCACGUCCAGAGGUAUCCUGGUACCAUAACGAUGAGCUUGUGAAGGCUAGCGAUCGUAUCCGCAUUACGGAUUCGGGUACAACGUACAAAAUCGAAAACCGCGACGUGAAGGAAGCGGACGCUGGUGAAUGGAAGGCCGUAGUAAAGAACCGUAUCGGCGAAAAGUCUCUACCGGCGAAGCUGACCGUUAUUCCUUGCAAGGAAUAUCGUCGUCCGAAGUUCCAGAAGGGCUUAGAGAAUAUUUCCGUGCACAAGAACGAACCGGUGUCGCUGACCGUCACGCUCACCUCGGAUCCGGAACCGGAGGUCACCUGGUUGCAGAACGGAACUGAGGUUAAGGCGGACGACUUCAUCCAGAUGAAGACGGAGAUCAAGGAGCUGGAGUACAAUCUAAAGCAGAUCACCUACACGCUGCACAUUGAUCAGGCCCGUCACUAUGACACCGGUGACUAUACCUUCCAAGCGAAGAACAAGUACGACAUCAGUGAAUCGAAUGGUCGGUUGGACGUGCUGUUGAAACCGGAGAUUGAAAACUUCCACGACACGACGGUACUGCCCUUCACGCAGGGUGUGUUCCAGGUGCUCGUUAAGGCGAAUCCGAAACCGAAAGUUACCUGGACAAAGGAUGGUCUUAAUCUGUGCAACAAUGAUAACUGCGAUGUAAUUGCAGACAUUGAGAAGGAGGUCUAUACACUGGUAAUUGAAUCUUGCGCUCUUGCUGAACACGGCACAUACACGCUGACAGCCUCGAAUGCUCAGGGAGAAACUGUGGCUACAGCUAAGCUCAACGUGCACACCGAGAAACCCAAGUUCACUAAGGAACCGGACAGUCUUACCGUGCACGAUUGGGCCGACGUGUACAACAAGGUGCUAGUACAGGGUGUUCCACGGCCAGCGAUUCAGUGGCUGCACAACGGCACCCCGCUAGACACGCAACAGAUCGAUGAGGAAUCUCAGGAACCGAAGAUCAAGAUCGUGACGUCGGGAGAUACGGAGGUGACGAGUGAACUGUUCAUCACACAUUUCGGACCGGAACUACAGGGUGAAUACUCGUGCCUGGCAACCAGCAUCGGUGGUGAAACCGAGGCCAAAUUUAACAUUCAGGUCAAGAACGAACAGCCUGUGUUUGGUAAGGGUCUGGAUCGUUCAUUGGACCUGGAAGAGGACGACCGCUUGGAGUUGCGCUGCAUCGUCGAUGGUAGCCCACUGCCAAAGAUGACCUGGUAUAAGGACUCCAACGAAAUCAAGGCCGAUGAUCAUGUUAAGAUCACCUAUGGCCAUGAUGGAGUAUGUCGCUUAGUGAUCGAGAACUGUCUUCCGGGAGAUAGCGGUUGCUACAAACUGGUGCUUUCCAACAAGAGUGGCGAUGUGACUACACAAAGCUGUGUUGCUGUCACUCCAAAGCAAAAGCCUCCGGUAUUUUUGCGUUUGCUACAGGACCACAAGCUCACCGUUGGCGAUACGCUGCAUAUGGAAGCCGAAAUUGCAGGCUUCCCGAUGCCCGAGGUGCGCUGGUUCAAGGAUGGAUUACCGCUGCGUCAGACGCGUGGUAUCAACUUCAUUAACCAGCCGGAUGGUCUGAUCGGAUUUAUCAUCGAUCGCGUUACGGCCGAAGAUGGCGGUAUCUACACGUGCGAGGUCAAGAACAAGAAUGGUGAAGCAAAGUCCGCUUCACUCACGGAGAUCGUACCGAAGGGCAAGAAGCCACAGUUUGUCAGUGAGCUAAUGAACGUCAACAUCAUUGAGGGCUUCCCGGUAAAGUUGAACGUUAAGGUAAUCGGUUACCCGCAACCUUCGGUCAAGUGGACACACAAUGGAACGCUCAUAUCCGGUGACCGGUACAAGAUUGCCGAAGAAGCCGAAGGUGCCUUUACGCUUGCAUUGGACAAAAGCACCGGUACGGAUUGUGGCGAGUACCAGGCCAUCGCAACGAACGAACAUGGCGAAACGGUCAGUGCCGCUACGGUAACCAUUCUGCCAACGACCGAUCCUUCACUGCCAGAGGAACCGCCAAGCUUCCUCGGAGGUCUGCGUGACAUUACAGCCGACGAGGGCAAGGAGCUCACCUUCUCGGCCCGCUUUGCCGGCAAUCCAGCACCGGAAGUCAUCUGGACGAAGGAUGGUGAACCGCUGCAACCGACUGGUCGUGUUUCGGUGACAUGCGACGGCAAGAGCGUUGGGCUGACAAUUAUGCCUGCCGAGAUGUCCGAUUCGGGCGAGUAUGCUUGCCUGAUGGCGAACCCGCUCGGUGAAACGGAAACUCGUGCCUCGGCGAUCGUGCGCAAGGUGUUCCAGAAGCCAAACUUUGUGUAUCCAUUCUCCGAUAUGCAGCAGCUGCCUGGAUUGGAGGCCAAGUUCCCGGCCAAGCUGGUCGGUGUGCCACGCCCAGAGAUACAGUGGUACAAGAACGAAACUCCCAUCCAUGCUGGAGAUCGCUACAAGAUGAAGUACGAAGGUGACUGCUGUUGUCUGUACAUCAAGGAGUGCGAGCCGGAAGACACUGGUUUGUACUCGUGCACGGCAACAAACCGUGAAGGUAGCAGCACUAUUGAGGCUAAGCUGGAUGUCGUCACAAGAAUUGAAAAGCGCGAUGAACCGACGCCACCUUCCUUCAUGAAGAAGCUCAACGACAUGACGCUACUAGAUGGUAUGAAGGCUAAACUAACCGUGUGCGUUGAUGGAUUCCCAAUGCCUACGGUCGAAUGGAUCCGUGACGGUCGUCGUCUAGUCCCGAGUGAAAAGUACCGCAUCGAGGCAGAAAAGAACGGGCUCGCUAGGCUUAUUGUGGACGAUGUGCAGGAGGAGGAUCUCGGCCGGUAUAGCUGCAAGGCUGUGAACAAUCUCGGCGAAGCAAUCUGCCAUGCCAAUCUGAAGUUCGAACCGUCCGACUACCGUCCUCGUCGUCGUUACGGCAAGGGUAAGGGUAAGGAUCUGCUGCACACGCCACCAUAUCCACUGACGGAGAAGCCAAUGAUCUCGAAGCUGUCCGAUCGUCGACUUACACUGUCCUGGCGUCCAUCGAUGACGACCGUUCCGCGCUAUCCGGUCACAUAUCAGCUGGAAAUGAUCGAACUACCGGACGGCGAAUGGCACACGACCCGCUCGGGCAUUCGUGGUUGUUCAUGCGAGGUGCGUAACCUAGAACCGUUCCGCGAGUACAAGUUCCGCAUCCGUGUCGAGAACCUUUACGGUGUGAGCGAUCCAAGCCCGUACGUGCAGACGUACCGCCAGAAGCUGGAACCGGAACCGCCAGUAUUUUAUCCAUACCUUGGUCCGGGACGUGACUUCCGUCCGGAUACCUCGUCGUUCUAUCCACGCGAUUUUGACGUGGAGCGACCAGGUCAUCGCCAUCAGGCACAAGUGCCUGAGUUCCUGCGUCAGGAGAAACCCGUACAAUACGGUACGAAGAAUCACAACGUUAGCCUGUUUUGGUUCGUUUACGGUUAUCCGAAGCCUACAAUGACGUACUACUUCAAUGAUCAGCUCAUUGAGGCGGGCGGUCGUUAUAGCUUCAGCUAUACGCGCAACGGACAGGCGACGUUGUUCAUCAACCGUAUGACCGAUCGGGAUGUAGGUGUUUAUGAGGCGGUCGCCACCAACGAGCAUGGUACUGUGCGCCAGCGUGUCUGUCUGGAGCUGGGUGAAUAUCCCAGGUUCUUGCAACGUCCAGAAGAGGUAUUCAUUAUGGGACGUCGUUCGGGACGUGUGGAAGCAAAGAUCACCGGUGUACCAUUCCCAGACAUCAAGUGGUACAAAGAUUGGCAACCGAUUCAUGAAUCCUCUCGUAUUAAGAUGAUUUUCUACGAGCCGGAUACAUGUGUGUUGCUGUUGACAGAUGCAAUUAAGAAGGAUGAGGGUCUGUACUCGAUCAGCGCUCGCAAUGCGAUCGGUUCCAUUAGCUCUUCCGUGACGGUGCACGUAGAAGAUAACGAGGAAGACUACGUGUACAAUGCGCACCAUCGUACGCCAUAUGUACGCGCCCGUAACAAGGUCUACCAGGAUUUCUACGAUAUUGGCGAUGAAAUUGGCCGAGGUACACAGGGCAUUACGUAUCAUGCGACGGAUCGUUCCAACGGUCGUAACUUUGCUGCUAAGAUCAUGUACGGCAGUCCUGAUCUGCGUCCGUUUAUGUUCAAUGAGGUUGACAUCAUGAACAUACUGAAUCACCGUAAGCUUAUCCGGCUACACGAUGCGUACGAUAUAAAUCGCUCGAUCACGCUCGUACUGGAACUUGCUUCCGGCGGUGAGUUGGUGCGAGACAAUCUGCUCAAGUACGAUUACUACACCGAGCGCCAGAUUGCGAUCUAUGUGUACCAGGUGUUGCUUGGUCUGGAGCAUAUGCAUACGCGUGGUAUCGGUCACAUGGGUCUGACGAUUAAGGAUCUGCUUAUUGCACACCCUGGCAGCGAUAAUUUGAAGAUUUGCGACUUUGGACUGGCGCGCCGCAUUGAGGAUGAUAAGCUGUACACGCUCGAUUACGGUAUGCCAGAGUUCAUCGCGCCAGAGGUGAUCAAUCGCUGCGGUGUUGGGCUUGGCCAAGAUAUGUGGUGCGUGGGUAUCAUUACGUACAUUUUGCUCGGUGGCGUUAGUCCGUUCCUUGGCCGUAAUGAUCGUGAAACGCUGACACGCAUUAAGGAGGGCAAGUGGACGUUCGUCGGUUCGGUGUGGGAGAACAUUUCGGCGGAAGCACGUGACUUCAUUACGCGUCUGCUGGUGUACGAGGAAAAACACCGUAUGACAAUUCGCGAUGCACUGAAUCACUCCUGGUUCGAUGUGAUCUAUCGCCGCACGUUCGAGGAGUACCAGAUUGGUACGGAUCGUCUGCGCAGCUACUACUACCAUUACCGCGACUGGUACACGAACGCAUCCUGUCGCACGUGGUACCGUCGACGACCGCUGAUGAGCUGCUUCGACCAUCCGUCACGUAUGGUCUACCCGCCCGGUAUUAUUUUCACGCCCGAAGGUACACCGCCACCGAUGCAGGUUGAUGAUAUCCCGCACAAGCGCAAGAAGUGGGAAGAGUAUGUGUCGAAGGACAACCAUCCAGACUAUGAGACGGCUUCGUUCAAGUCCGAAAGCCAUUACCAGUACGGACCGGACACGUAUCUGCUUCAGCUGCGUGAUACUACCUUCCCGUGCCGUCUGCGCGAGUACAUGAAGAUCGCGAAGCACCGAUCACCGAGCUUGGUGUCGGAUUCGAACUACGAUGGAAGUCUGCCCAUCAUCCGUGAGCGUCGUCGCUUUACGGACGUGAUGGAUGAAGAAAUCGAUGACGAGCGUCGCAGUCGUAUCACGCGCUAUGGAACCGAUGAUAGCUUCACAGUAACGCGCCGUAUCCGUAACGAGGUCGGUACGCGCCUUGGUUCGUACGCGGAAGCUGAAGCACUGAUUGAGUGCAAGCGGGAAGGACAGGCGCCAUUCUUCCGUGAGAAGCCACAAAGCAUCGCUAUCCGGGAAGGUGAACCGAACCAGAUCAUCUGCUAUGCCGUCGGUGAUCCGAAACCAUCGGUUACCUGGUUCCGCAACGACAUGGUCAUUACCGAUACGAACCGCAUCAAGGUGUUGGACGAUGUUGACGGUCGUUCGGUGAUCCAGUUCCAUCCGGCCACGCACAACGAUAUCGGUGUUUAUAAGGCGGUCGCAAGUAACCGCAUCGCCAAGACGGUUGCCCGCUGCCGGGUAGUGAUCGCUGUCAUUCCGGACGCACCCGAUGCACCGGAUGCCGUCGCAGUGAGCGACACAGAGGUGCUGUUGCGCUGGAAGCAACCACGCAGCGACGGUAAUUCGCAGGUUAUCUGCUACAGCCUGGAGCAGAAGGAGCACGGCAAGGUCGAUUGGGUGGACGUGGCGUGCAACAUCGAUCACGAGUUCUUCCUGGUGCAUGAUUUGCGCCCGAACGUUAACUACCAGUUCCGACUUGCUGCGUACAAUCGUAUCGGCUGGAGCGACCGUGGUCUGCCGACGAAGACCAUCACGACGCUAGACCCGGGCGCACCCAAGAUUCAGAUCACGCGCGCCAUGAAGCAUCUGCAGCAGCUGACCGAAUCGGGUCAGCAGGUCGGUCCGGAGGAGCGUACCGGCCGGCUGGACUACAGCUACGAAAAGACACCGCUCAAGUGGAGCAUCGAGGGUAACUAUAACGAGAAGUACACCUUCAUGUCGGAGAUGUCGCGCGGUCGGUACUCGAUUGUGGUAAAGGGUCUGGAGAAGUCCACCGACAAAAUAGUGGUGGCGAAGAUUUUCGAGCUGGGCGAUGAACGUGCGGCCGAAGCGGUCGAGCGCGAGUUUGACGUGCUGCGCACGCUGCGUCACGAACGCAUCGCCUCACUGUUAGCGGCAUUCCGUCCGAAGAACACCUCCAUUGCGGCGCUGGUGAUGGAAAAGCUGCAGGGUGCGGAUGUGCUGACCUAUCUGAGCAGUCGCUCCGAGUACAGUGAGCAGAUUGUGGCCACCAUCGUCAACCAGGUGCUGGAUGGUUUGCAGUAUCUGCACUGGCGCGGUAUUUGCCAUCUGGAUUUGCAGCCCGACAACAUUGUGAUGGCAUCGGUGCGUCAGGUCAACAUUAAACUGGUAGAUUUCGGUUCUGCCCAGUACGUGUCUAAGCUUGGAACUAACGUUACCCGGUCGGGUUGGUUGGACUUCAUGCCACCGGAGAUCCUGAACGAUGAGCCAGCUCUGCCCCAAACCGACAUCUGGACAGUCGGUUGUUUGACGUAUCUGUUCCUGUCGGCCACCAGUCCAUUCCGUGGCCAGGAUGAGGCAGAAACUCGGGCCAACAUUAGCUUCGUGCGCUAUCGGUUCGAGAACCUGUUCAAGGAGGUUACCGCCGAAGCGACGCGCUUCUUGAUGCUAAUCUUCAAGCGUGCACCAAACAAACGUCCAACGGUCGAAGAAUGUUUCGAUCACCGCUGGUUGGUACAUACCGAUUUCAUGACGAAGAAGCGCGAACGGGCAAUCUUCCCAGGCAACCGCUUGAAGCAAAUUUCCGAAGAAUAUCAUACGAUGAAAACGAACGAAGCCACCAAGUCGGAGACGAUCUCCAACUUUGGUGGACAAUCCCCACGUCAGCUGUUGCGAUCCAACAGCAUCCAGGAGGAGCUGCUGACAACGUUCUAAGCUAUUUUGCCGCUAACCUUUUAUCUCCUACCUAUCAUCGAAGUGUGUUCCGUUUUCAAACGUUAUUAAUUUGCUUGCUUGCACAUACAUAUGUCUGUUCGCUUCCAGUGAAAGUAUCCGUUGCGCAAAACGACGUUCUUUUGCUAUCAUUUUUGUUUGCUAUUUCUAUAAACUGUAAAUAGCGUUGGAACAAAAUUGAUUUUUGUGCCGUUUUUUUUAAUUUCCUGCACCCCAUCCUUAGCCAUUGUCAAAUUGAGCCCCAAUUUGAUAUUGAUGUGCUUUUGGUGGGUCACCUUUUCGUUCAUUAGUAGCUUACGCACGUCGAGUUAUCGUUUACCAGUCCGUUUUCAUUGCUCGCAACUGCUAAAGAGUACUUAUAAACGAAGUCCAACGAUACAAACACAUUUUUAAAAAAGUGUAAAAACACUUAAUCAAAAAAAACAACAAUAUAAUGCAGCAUACGCAACGAUUUAACAAUCAUGUUCUUUAUAUACAAUCGUAACACGUUUAUACACGCGACACACAUUUUGCCGGUAUGUGAUGGAAGCUGGGCCAUGGACCGCGUACCCCGGGGGAUCUUUUUUUAUAUGACUUUUUUAACCGCAAAACAAACACCACUGUUAUACACAUCCCUAAGAAAAACCGGGCUUUCGCUGAUCCACCCAGCACAGUGCGCGCGGUACGUUAACUCUAUAGUUGUUUAGGAAAAUUUUGAGAACGGCACAGGCUGCUCUCUAUCUCUCUGUUCGCCUCUUGCGGAACGGUUUUAUCGGUACCAUUAUUACCGGUACACCGUAUACGCCGCAGGAAGGGUAGGAACAAGAGUGUAACUUAUUUAUUUGUAUAUUGUAUAUUUACUAUUUACUGCUUAGUGAUACAAAAUUACAUUUGCUUCCCUGUCCCAUGAUCGAUUUCAAAAAGGGGUUUUACUUUUAUCUAUUAAUUUGCACAAAUUCGUCAGCGUCAUAACUGACCUCUUUGACUUUUUUGGAUGAAUAAAAUUGUUUUUUCUUUAUGUUUCUGUUCAAA